AGCACGUGAUACGCUGAGCCAGUAACAUCGGUCCUGUUUCUUCAUCCAUUACGGGCCUUCACGAAUCUAUCCGCCUACCAAUACCCCGUGAUCGCCAAAACAACACAACAAAGUGGGGUAAAGAUGGCGAACAUUGAGGGGGGAAGACGCCCAUCUGUUUCCUCCUCUUCGGCCCUCGAGGACCUGUUCCCCGCUGGAGGAUCGGAGCAAGUGUGCGGGGAUGGUAACCCUGAGCUUGUGCAACUGCGAGAGCGUCUCCAAGGCUGGCUAUCGCAAUAUGAAUCCUUGCUGUUAUGGGUGCAGAGGCUGCUGGUUUGGGAGAGGCCGCUCUACAGCAUCUUCGUUGCUCUCACACUGAACACCUUAUUCUGGCUCCUUUCUUCGACGUCCCUGCGUCCACUCUUUCUCCUGAGUCUUUCCAUUCUAGGACUCAUGUUGCUGGAAAGGUGGAAACACAAGUUACGUCUUGUUACUGUCGAGUAUCCUGAGGCCAACCCAGUGGAAAGGGAGACCAUGAAUGUGCAACCCCAGCUCCUCAGCAUUCCCGAACUCAGUCACCACCUCGCCGAGAGCUACCUCUACUGCUGUCUGUAUGUCCAAGAGAUGCUGCAGUAUAAAAGGCAGAACCAUGGAAAGUUCUGUGCCAUGAUGUGCUCCGGUUGUCUUGUCUUAGCGGUGGUGGGACACUACGUCCCAGGAAUCAUGAUCUCCUACAUCAUUGCACUGAGCGUGUUGGUGUGGCCUUUGGUGGUGUAUCACGAGCUGAUCCAGCGCAUGUACACGGGUCUAGAACCCAUCCUGAUGAAACUGGACUACAGCAUGAAGGGGGACACUCAGCGCCGCAAGCACGACAAAAAAAAGGUGAAGAAGGAGGUGGAAGAAGGGGACGAGCCCAGAGCCGAGACGGAAAGCGAUAGCGAGGAGGAGCUGUCCUGCUUUGCCCCUACGGUGGACGCUAAGACUACAGCAUUGGCGAUGGCCAUCACCGACUCAGAGUUGUCUGAUGAGGAAGCGUCCAUUUUGGAGAGCGGGGGGUUCUCGGUUUCCAGAGCUACCACGCCACAACUCACCGACGUCUCUGAAGACCUGGACCAACACAGUGUACACAGUGACCCAGAGGAGGCUUUCCUAAGGGACCUGCCCGAGUUCCCAUCGGUUGACGAGUUCCCUUCCGUCGAGCACAGUCUCCUCCACUUCCCGUUGCAGGGUCAGGGUCAAGGCGACGGGGCCACGGCCGGGGGAGGACAGCCGUCGGAGGGGGAGUCCUUGUGCCCCGCCAGCCUCCUCCUCCAGCACCUGGCCUCCCCGCUUCACUUUGUCAACACGCACUUCAAUGGACACAGGGCGCCCGGAGGAGACAAGGGACAACUGGUCACAGUGGUGGGAGUGGAGGAGGUGGCGGAUGGAGCAGAAGGGGAGGCCAGCCAACCCCAGGAGUCGCAGGCCCAGAUGCAGUCUCUGGAAGCCCUGAGCGAGGAGAUUGUGAGCACGGCCAUCUCCGCAGUAGUGCAAAACACACUGUCGGCCAUGCUGCUCUCCACAGAGGCCAGAGAGGGCCCCUCCAUCGCCGAGUUCCUGCCCACCGACACACCCCCCAGUGUCCUGGAAAGCGCCGCCGAGACUGAAGAGCAGAACGUGGCGGCAGCCGCCGAUGACACCGAGGAGAGGAGCGCCGAGGAAGUGCCGGAAGUCACGCUCGUGCCGACCGAGGACGAGGACUUUGAGCUUCUGGACCAAAGCGAACUGGAGCAGAUGGACGAGGACCUGCUAGGUCUUCUCAGUCCGGACGGACAGGGGGGUGCGGGAGCGGCCCCUCCCACAAAUGCACCCCCACCUCCGGCACAACAGCCAGAGUCCUCUUAGCUUUGUCGUCACUUGCCCGUACCCAAAUGUUUUGUAGAUAUAUACAUCAUACCGAUGUGUGUUCAUUCGUGAUUGUGUACCAGAGGGUUGAAAUGACUGUUGUUAAUUCUGCCCUCACGUUAUUACUGUGUCCCCAACGGCUCUCUGUUCUCUUGGAAUUGCUCGUUUGAGCAGUUUCCUCAAGGCUCUGGUCAAAGGUAGCGCACUUUAGAUGGAAUACUGUUUGAUACGUGCUUUUCUUGAGGGUUGGACUUCAUGGCGCCUGUGUCUGACAGGGUUUUAUUGCUUAUAAUCAAGGGAACAAGCCAUCAGAGCUAGGUAUUGGGAGCUGUUAGUAAUGUUUAGGUGAGAGAAGGAGGGUUAUUUGGAGCCUGUUCCCAUAUCCACUUGUGCAGUGGGUAUGAUGUCAUGCCAAAUGAAUGUGGCUAUCAACUGCACAAUCUGAAUUGACACCUUAGCUACACCUAACCUUCUCAAAGAAAAUGACUUCAAAUUCAGUCGGUUUUUGAACAAAAUCUAUAUUUGUUUUUACUAUAGCUAUUAAUAUAUAUCUAUUAUUUAUUUUAACCAUCAGUUUAAUGGAAGAAUGUCACCAUGUGGAGAAUGUCAAAGACAUUAAGAUCGAAAUCUCUGCUCAGUAACGCAGGUCAACUCUAAUAUCUGCUUUGAAUUUGGAAAUUGUCCACCUGAAGGCACAAAUACCUAGAUUUGAGCAAAGUUCAUUCAAAGAAAUGUUAUUGUCUAGCAGUCUCUGACAUUUUGCACUCUGCAACUGUCAAUCUUUGUGAAUGCACAGUACUCCAAUUAUUAGCCAUCAUCUUAACCAUCUAGUCAAUGACAUUUCAAGUUCACAAUAAUGUAUUUGAAAUGUAAAUAAUCCCCAUACAGAAUGGAAUACCGUGGUAUGCCAACAUCAACUUCUGCAUUGCUCAUCAUUGUUUACAUCUCCACGCAGGGGCCGUUGCAAGGAAUUCUGGGCCUUAUUCAGACGACACUGUAUUGCGGUUAGUGGGCCCUGCUAAGCCAUUAAGCCGCGUUAGCUUCGGCCAUCUCCACGGUAUACAUUUUGUUAACUGAAAUUAUCUGUCACUUCACAAAUUGCUUUAACCAUCAAAAUUUGUUCCAAGUUUCUUAAUACUUAAAAGAAAAAAUAUUUAGGGUAUUGUCACAGGCAACCUCUCUUUCUAAAGAAUAUGCAUAACAUCUUAAGAAUGUUCUUUAAAUGUGUUUUGUUAUCUCUCACCACUGCCAUUAGCCAUUUUUAAAUAUGAAAAAUUAUUUUCGCCAAUGUUGCAACCUGAUGCUGGUUUCUUACCCAAAUUUCACUGUUCAGAGCAGGUUAAAUGUACUGAAAGGAAACAAAUCAUUGAAACAUUUAUAAAUUUUUCCCUAUCUGAUUCCAUGUAAACCUAACAGAACUUCCAAAACCUUCUCCAGAUAGGAAUUCUUAUUUGGUCAUUAUUGGUAGACCAGUUCUUGAUCCCAACUCGGCCAGGCCAGAUUUGUUGCAGGUGUGCCUAUCUGAUCUGAAUCUUGGGAGAGGUGUACUUUAGUUUGCGCAAUGGAUGAUAUCAUUGCACAUAGGAACUAAUGUUGAUGUAAAUUAGUGUAAAAUUGUGUCCAGAAAUGUCUAGCUUUAAGCUCUCCAGGCCAAGUGGUCCCUGUGUACCGUAUUGUAAUAUAGACCAAUGCUUACCAAGCACUUACCUUGAAAUUUGCAACAAUGCACGUAAAAACCAAGCAUUACAUUAAAACUGCACACUAAUUGUCUGUGAGGGAUCAAGACUGUGGACUUACAGCUAGCAUGCAAUUUGUAUGUUGCAGCUUGUUAAACCAAUGUCCCUAAAAAAAUAUAUACAUAUAUAUAAAAUUCCCAGGACACUACAUUACUGGUGGGGUUAAUUAAAUUUAUUUCAAGUGUGAUUAAAGGGUCAUUUUUGCUAAAAACCCAGUGUAACAAAUUUAAGACAAUGGUAUGGUUAAGAUAUUAACAAAAUGUUAGUGUAUUGUAGAACUGUGUUUGCUUAUGCAUUACUGCUUCGCAACCUAUAAAGGCACUUAAAGAACUGUAUUAUUGUAAAGAAAUGUAUCUAUUUUCUAAUUUCUCUUGUUUUUCCAGAAGUUACUUUGGUCUUUUACAUCUACAAAAGAAUCAAGUUAAAAAUGCUGAUACGUUUUAUUGCAAAUACAAUUUAAACACUGACAGCAGCUGUCCUUGUGCCGUGAACAAAUAAAAGCACAAACUGAAAGGA